AUGGGAAAGUAUACAUCUUUGAAGGUUGUCUCAACGGCUGCUAAGAAAGCAGGCGGAUCAAAAUCUAAGUCGGGUUCUACCUCCAAAAAGAGCGGAAAGAAACAAUUGGAAAAUGCAUCCUCUGUUGAUUUACGUCAACCUAAAGAUAGAGAUCCCAAGAUCUCCAACGAUUCCGGAACCCAAGAAGUGAUCGACACAUUGCGCCCACUGAUUGACUUCGGGCUCUCAACUCAAGAUUUAGUCGCUAUCGGCAAUGACAAGAACUCUACUCAGAUAGAGUUUGGAAAUCACGUUUUUACGAAAUGGAUCGACGACCACAACGCCCGAUGGUCUCAAGCCCUUCCCAGGUUCGAUAGCCCUUUCCAGGACUUCUAUGCUAAGUUCUCGGUCGAAGUCCGGGUUAAUAUGAUCUUCGACGAAUACGAUAACGACUGGCAACGCGUGUUGGCCUUUUUGAUUUCGAUUUUUGAGGAUGACGACAAGAACACGGAAUAUAUCUGGGGAGUGAGAGCGAUUGCUCUACAGGUCGCCCAACAAAUUCCUUUCUCCUUUUUCGAUAUUGGUCUUUUGGGUGAUUCGACAAUUCAACAGGAUGACUUGUACUUCUGUCGUGACGAUUCUAACCCUCGCUUACGACAAGAGACACCUUUGGUACAAUUUUGGUUGAUCUGUGCUACCAUGUUCGAUCAUCCUUGGACUAUGAUGUUUGACGAAUUUCUAGAGGUGACUCCU